AAAUAGCCGAUAGAAUAUACGAAAGAACCAAACAAACAAGCCCUCCAUUACACAACGUGACGGUAGAUGAUAGACUUAGUACUUUGCAGAAAGAGGUAAAUGGUAGUCACACCACUUCGAUAAGAGGAACACUUACAGAAGCCGUUUCCAUGAAUCUAGUGAUAGAUAAAAGCCACGGUGAUCCAUAUAAAUUGUUGUUAAAGGAAUUUCCUGAACUCGUGAAAGUAACGUACAAUAAGGCAGAUCUCAAACACUCCAUUCAGCACCAUAUCAUAACGAAUGGACCACCAAUUAAUGCAAGGCCAAGAAGAUUAGACCCAAAAAGACUAGCAAUAGCAAAACAGGAAUUCGACAAGUUGAUGAAGCUGGGCAUUAUAAGGCCUUCGAACAGCCCGUGGGUAUCCCCAUUACAUAUGGCCCCGAAAAAGAAUGGCGAAGUUAGGCCAUGUGGAGACUACAGAGCACUUAACAAACAAACAGUAGCCGAUAGAUAUCCUAUACCACAUAUCCACGAUUUUACUUACAGUAUAGAAGGCGCUACUAUCUUCUCAAAGAUCGACUCAGUUAGAGCCUACUAUCACAUUCCUGUUGCUCCACACGACAUACCAAAGACAGCGGUAACGACCCCGUUUGGACUGUACGAAUUUCUGCGCAUGCCUUUCGGACUGAUGAACGCAGCGCAAACCUUUCAACGGUUUAUCGACCAGGUCAUCAGAGGUUUACCUGGAGUUUACGCAUAUAUUGAUGACUUACUAGUAGCCAGCGCCACUAAGGAUGAACACAUACAACAGUUACGACAAUUAUUCAUGCGACUGCGAGAACAUGGCGUUUCCAUAAACAUUGAGAAGUGUGAAUUUGGAAAGGAAUCCUUGCAAUUCCUAGGUCACGUUGUAACUUCUCAAGGCAUUACACCUGUCUCAACAGAAGUCGACGCCAUCAAAAAUUAUCCGCUACCCGACUCAUGGAAGAAGUUACGACGAUUCCUCGGGUUAGUAAAUUACUACAGACGAUUUAUCCCGAAUUGUGCGGCGAUAUUGCAACCAUUAACUGACUCGUUUAGAGGACACGCCCGGAAAUUCCAAUUAUCACCAGAGGCGAUACAGGCAUUCGAGCAAGCCAAAAAAGCAUUAAAUAAAGAAACGACAUUAACUAGACGAAAGAGUGAAACACCACUAGCUAUCAUGACUGACGCAUCGGAUGUGGCGGUAGGAGCCGUUUUACAGCAGUUAGUAAACGGCACUUGGGAACCCCUCUCAUUUUUUUCGAAAAGACUGAACCCUACACAAACAAGGUACAGUACUUUUGGAAGAGAACUACUAGCAAUUUACUUAGCCAUAAAACAUUUUCGUCAUAUGGUAGAAGGUAUAAGUUUUACCGUCUGCACAGACCACAAACCACUUACUAAAGCAUUAAGCGCAAAACAAGACAAUUAUGCCCCGAGAGAGAUCCGGCAGUUAGAAUUCAUUUCACAGUUCACUUCCGAUAUACGAUAUAUUAAAGGACAGGAAAACGACGUAGCUGACGCUCUGUCCAGAGCAAUGAUAAACGCACUUAUGGCAAGUGGAAUCGAUUACAAUGGUCUAGCAAAGUUGCAAGAGAGAGACACCGAAUUAAAGAAGCUCAGAUCCGAGGGUACGACAUCACUAGUGCUCGAAGAGGUGCGGUUCGGUAACACGAAAGUAACAUGUGAUACAUCGACAGGCCGACCGCGACCAUUUAUCCCGACAUCAUUGCGACAGAAGAUUUUUGAAAGUAUGCACAAUAUGUCUCAUCCCGGAAUAAAAGCCACGAUAAAACUAAUCAGUGAACGAUUUGUAUGGACAAACAUGAACCACGAUGUACGUAAUUGGACACAGACAUGCAUAAAGUGUCAAAAAGUCAAAGUAAAUCGUCACACUAGCUCCGCAGUGGAUCCAUUUUCACACUCAGAUACUAGAUUUGAGCAUAUACACAUCGACAUUGUAGGACCACUGCCGGUUUCGAAUGGAUACAAUUAUAUAUUUACAUGCAUUGACAGAUUUACUCGAUGGCCGGUGGCAGUACCGAUAAAAGAUACCUCAGCCGAAUCGGUAGCCAAAGCACUAGUUGAAAAUUGGAUUUCUUACUACGGCGUACCAGCGAUCAUCACAACUGAUAGAGGAGCUCAAUUCGAAAGUCAACUCUUUCAACAACUUACAGAACUCCUCGGUAUUAAACGAAUUCGAACGACAUCUUACCAUCCAAUGGCAAACGGAAUGGUCGAACGUCUACAUAGGCAAUUAAAAGCAUCUCUUACAUCCGUCAUUGUAAACAAUGAUUGGGCCAAUAAGCUUCCUCUAGUAAUGUUAGGUUUAAGAGCAACAAUUAAACAAGAUAUGGGAUGUUGUCCAGCCGAGUUGGUAUACGGAACUACUCUACGGUUACCCGGAGAAUUUUUCACUUCGAAUAAAUGUGUUCCGACUGAUGUAGCCAACUACGUACAACGCUUGAAAAAGCACAUGAGCGAUUUAAAAACAACACCACCCAGACCUCAACAACGACAGGUAUUCAUACCUCAGGAGCUACACAAAAGCACUCAUGUAUUCAUUAGAAGAGAUAAAGUACAACCACCCCUGCAACCGAAUUACGACGGUCCGUUUAAAGUGACAGCGAGGACAGAUAAAACGAUUACCAUAGAAAAAGCUGGGAAAACAGAUGUAAUCAGUAUCGAUAGAGUGAAACCAGCUUUCAUCGAUAGCGAUAUUCAGUCAACAAGUACAAAAUCCUCGAAGAUUGUCACACCAACGAAACACGAGUCUCAAGAAUCAACGACGCUAACGCAGCAAAAAGGCGAGACUCCAGUAACAACGAGAUCUGGCCGCAGAGUAAGAUGGCCUCAACGCUACAUCGCUACAAUUUUCUAUUGAUAAUUUACUAUUAUUUUGAAUAUUAAUUAUAACUCUUCCACUUCAUUGUAUACAUAUACAUUAUUAAGCCUGUAUUAUACACUAUAAAACUAGGCAUAUAUUAUGUACCCUACACUUAUGUGUAAAAAAAAAACAAACGAUAACACUUUCCUUCUAUUCCCUACUGUUAUUUUAUAUAGCCUCAUGGACAAGCACAAACCACAUACACAACAAAUUUAGCUUCAUCUUAAUUUUGUAUAAGCACUUUCUCCAAACAAUUGUAACUACUCUAUUCAGUUUACUAUUUUUUGUGCAAACACAGACAUUUUUUUCUAUAUAUCUUUGUUUGCAGGGGGGAGCUAUUAUAGCAACUCACGUUCAGUUGAGUUUGCCCUCAUCUAAUUCGUUUAAGUCCUUUUGUUAACCUAGUAAACGGACAAGGUUAUCUGUACUUUAACAACUUAUUCUAUCUUUAUUAUUGUUAUGCUUGUAUGAAUAAGCAUGCUUGAACACUGUUGACUGCCCACGCAUAUAUUCAUCCCACUAACCUUAUUAUUAUUCGCUUAAUCGAUUCGAUAGUCCAUUCACUUUUCUAUAUAUAUACAUGUAUAUUUAACACUACACAUUUUCCACACAUUCUCACACAAUCACGGUUUGCUGACUCAUUCGCCUCUCUGCUCUGUGGUUUGAGUUGCCUGCUAAUAAAACUGUAGUAGCUGCUUCUGUUUGCCUUCUGAUUUCAACUACCGUUGGGGUUUAUACGAUAACGGUUACGAGGGUGAUUGGUCAACGAAGCACAGCCACUACAGAAUUGGCGAUCCCGACGAGCGAACACGAAACAACUUUCGACGAUAUAAUCAAAUUCCCGAAAUUCAACGCACUUCGUCUCAACUUGGAUUAUCAUAUGGACUAUAAUUUUAACUGUGGAUUUAUUAUAUUACUAUUUUAAUUAUACGUACAUUAUCACACAAACAUUAUUGAACAUAACGAUAAUAUUCAUAAUAAACAACGAUAUUUUACAAGCAAUUGAUAUUUUGGUGCAAUUUAGUAAGUCUGUUCUAUGUUAUAAAUUGUACCAUUUGUUAUUAUCAUUGUUUUUGGUCCGUCCAUUUUUCUUUAUGACAGUUACAUUAUAUUCGUGUGCUACUUAAUAUUUUUAUAAACAUGUCUUCCGAAAACACUGUAUCAAGUUUACAGCAAACCCAGUCCGUGAGGUCUCUUAAUCUUCCUGCCCCCUCUUUUAAUGUCACCGACCCAAAACUUUGGUUCAUUAGACUUGAAAAUUAUUUUUUGGCUAACCGCAUUCACUUACAAAGAGAUAAAUUCGGUCUCACAAGCACACUUCUUCCAGACGAAGUAGCAGAUAGCGUACGAGAGGCGUUAGCGAAACCAGACAUCGAGAAGCCGUACGAUGUACUAAAGCAAGAAGUAAUUAAAACUCUCUCUCUAAGUGAUCAGCAAGCUGUCGAACAACUUCUUAACCAAGUACAAAUGGGAGAUAGAACCCCAUCACAGCUAAAAACGUAUAUGAAAAGCCUGUUGGGCGAUAGGCAAAUAGACAAUAACCUGUUUUAUCAACUGUGGCUUAGGCGACUUCCGUCAAGUGUACAGCAGAUCCUAGCCGUCGGAGAUACGGACGCCGAUAUAGACAACAUAGCAAAAAUAGCCGAUAGAAUAUACGAAAGAACCAAACAAACAAGCCCUCCAUUACACAACGUGACGGUAGAUGAUAGACUUAGUACUUUGCAGAAAGAGGUAAAUGGUAGUCACACCACUUCGAUAAGAGGAACACUUACAGAAGCCGUUUCCAUGAAUCUAGUGAUAGAUAAAAGCCACGGUGAUCCAUAUAAAUUGUUGUUAAAGGAAUUUCCUGAACUCGUGAAAGUAACGUACAAUAAGGCAGAUCUCAAACACUCCAUUCAGCACCAUAUCAUAACGAAUGGACCACCAAUUAAUGCAAGGCCAAGAAGAUUAGACCCAAAAAGACUAGCAAUAGCAAAACAGGAAUUCGACAAGUUGAUGAAGCUGGGCAUUAUAAGGCCUUCGAACAGCCCGUGGGUAUCCCCAUUACAUAUGGCCCCGAAAAAGAAUGGCGAAGUUAGGCCAUGUGGAGACUACAGAGCACUUAACAAACAAACAGUAGCCGAUAGAUAUCCUAUACCACAUAUCCACGAUUUUACUUACAGUAUAGAAGGCGCUACUAUCUUCUCAAAGAUCGACUCAGUUAGAGCCUACUAUCACAUUCCUGUUGCUCCACACGACAUACCAAAGACAGCGGUAACGACCCCGUUUGGACUGUACGAAUUUCUGCGCAUGCCUUUCGGACUGAUGAACGCAGCGCAAACCUUUCAACGGUUUAUCGACCAGGUCAUCAGAGGUUUACCUGGAGUUUACGCAUAUAUUGAUGACUUACUAGUAGCCAGCGCCACUAAGGAUGAACACAUACAACAGUUACGACAAUUAUUCAUGCGACUGCGAGAACAUGGCGUUUCCAUAAACAUUGAGAAGUGUGAAUUUGGAAAGGAAUCCUUGCAAUUCCUAGGUCACGUUGUAACUUCUCAAGGCAUUACACCUGUCUCAACAGAAGUCGACGCCAUCAAAAAUUAUCCGCUACCCGACUCAUGGAAGAAGUUACGACGAUUCCUCGGGUUAGUAAAUUACUACAGACGAUUUAUCCCGAAUUGUGCGGCGAUAUUGCAACCAUUAACUGACUCGUUUAGAGGACACGCCCGGAAAUUCCAAUUAUCACCAGAGGCGAUACAGGCAUUCGAGCAAGCC